AUGUCGUACACGGCGCAGCCGACGCAGACAGCGACGGCGGUGCAGCAGAACCAGCCCAAGAGCGCCAGAGCAGCGUCCAAGGCACCGGUUGCCUAUGCCCCGCCCCCAGCUCAGCCCCAGCAGCAGCCCCAGCAUCGACAUCCAUCGCCUCCGUCGUCGAAUGCUAGUGGCAACCAGAAGAACAAACAGGCUGCAGCGAAUGCAAAGGGGAAGCAAACGAACAACAAGAUCUGGAGCACGAGCACCACCGAGGAGCGUGAGCGAAUCAAAGAGUUUUGGCUUGGACUCAGCGAGGAAGAGCGACGGAACCUUGUCAAGAUCGAAAAGGACACAGUCUUGCGCAAGAUGAAGGAGCAGCAAAAGCACAGUUGCAGUUGCGCCGUUUGUGGCAGAAAGCGAAACGCUAUUGAAGAAGAACUCGAGGUACUGUACGAUGCUUAUUACGAAGAGCUAGAACAGUACGCAAAUUACCAGCAGCGCUAUGUUAUGUCCGGCGGCACAAUCCCUCCUCCACCAGGCCCAGGGCCCUUUCCAGGCAGCGUCGAGCUCGACAAGAACGGCGCCGUCGUCUCCCCGUCCAUCAAGCAACGCUCAAGGAAUGCAAAGCAGCCAGUCCGCACCCCGCCCCAGCACAACCACCACCAUCAUCAACAGCCCAGGACAGCACCGCCUCCGACGACGAUGCUCAAUGGUCGCAAGCCAAAUCAUACCCACCCACAUCCUCACCCGAAGGAGGCAGACUAUGACGACGACGAUGUCGACGAGGACGAGUAUGACGACGACGAAUACGAAGAGGAGGAGGAAGAGGAGGAAGAUGAUGAGGACGACGAGGACGACGAUGAGGAAGACGAGCUCGAAGAUCAAAGGAAUGCCAAGAAAGGCCCUCGCCAAACACCUGCCGUCGCACGUCGUACUCAAUCUAAAGCCCAGCGCACCAAGGCCCGAGACGGUCUCUUCAACAUUGGCAACAGUCUGACCACCACCGGACCAGGUAAUAUUCUUACCGUUGCCGACGAUUUGUUGAAGAACGACGGCCAGAAGUUCCUUGAGAUGAUGGAACAGUUGGCGGAACGCCGAAUGCAGCGAGAAGAAGAAGCAGCGGCAGAUAUUGAGGACGAUAGCGAGGACGAGCAGAGUGAUCUCGAUGGAGACGAUGCCAGCGACGACGGAGCUGACGACGAUGACGACGACGCAGACGAUAUCAGCGACGAGGACGACGAGGACGAUGAUCCAGACGACGCAGACGAGCACCCGUUGACGGAAGAAGAGAAGAUGGAGGAAGGCAAGAGGAUGUUCUCCAUCUUCGCUGCUCGGAUGUUCGAACAACGUGUCCUGCAAGCUUACCGCGAAAAGGUCGCUCAAGAACGUCAACUCCAGCUGCUGCGUGAACUCGAGGACGAGGAUAAGCUCUCCAAGGAGCGGGAGGCGAAGAAGCAGACCCAGAACCAGAGGAAGAAGGACAAGCGAAAGCAGCAGAAGCAGGCAAAGGAGGAGGAAAGGGCUGCCCGAGCAGCCGAGAAGGCUGCGGAGGAGGCGGCACAGAAGGCGGCCCAGGCCAAAGCGGAAGAGGAAGCUCGGAAGCGCCGAGAGGAGGAGCGAGCCAAGCGGGAGGCUGCUCGUAAAGCCGCUGAAGAGGAGCGACUUCGCAAGGAGGAGGAGAAGCGUAGGCGCCAGCAGGAAGAGCGGGAGAGGGAACAGGAACGGGAGCGCAAGCGAAAGGAGAAGGAGGAGAAGGCUCGACGUGAACGGGAAGAGCGGGAACGCAAGGCCAGGGAGGAGAAGGAGGCUCGACUUGCCAAGGAACGUGAAGAACGCCUUGAGCGGGAGCGAUUGGAAAGAGAAAGGAAGGAGAAGGAAGAGAAGGAACGUCGUGAAAAGGAGGAACGUGAGCGCAAAGCUAGGGAGGAGAAGGAGGCCAAGGAGAAGGAGGCCAGGUUGGCUGCUCAGCGGGAGCGCGCUGCUCAAACCAACGGCAAGCAACGAGGGAAUGCUUCUGCGUCCUCAUCCAGCUCCAACCAAGGCAAGGGUCAAUCUGGUUCCAACAACCAGCGCUUGAACAACGCGGGGGGAAACAAUGUGAACGGUGCUCAGAAGAAGAUUCUGAACAAGCCUCCUCUUUCGCUUGCUCCCGGAAGUUCUGGCUCGGGUCCUCGCCAACAACAGCACUCUCAGAAUAACCAUCAACAUCCUCAGCAACAGCCGCUUCGACCUCAGCCUGGUCUCGGGCAUCCUGGUGGUCAUAUGCCUAUGAUGCCGCCUCAUUUGCCCCCUCAGCAGCAGAAUCCCCUGUUGUUCGCUCAGCAAGGACCGAACAUGAUGAUCCCUCCUGCAUUGUCGCCGCGUGUGGGCAACUUUGGAGCCAUCCCUGCACCCUAUCCCUUCAACAACCCCAACCUUCCUCAACAUCCUCCGACUGGACCCAUCGGCCCGUCAGGGCUGCCUCGAGGGUUUGGUGCAGGCACACCGUUCGGAAACAUGCCUCCUCUCGGUAUGGGCGUCAACCUUGGCAACGUUCCUCAACCUGGAUCAGCGCCUUCCCCCAUCGGACCUCCCAAGCCCAAGACUCCGAUCGCCCCUCCUUCGAACGUCGCCCCCGGCACGCCUAUGCUUGCUCCAGGCAUGGCCCGUCGUGGUUCCGCUUUGAUUAGCGACAGCAGCCCUGGUGGUAGCAUCAACCCGAGCACGACGCCCACUCCCAACCCAGGACCGAUCACACGACCUACGCCAAUUGCUCCUAUUGCUCGACCUACGACGGCCAGUGCGAGUUCCAUUGCUGGUGAAGGAGCAAGUACGAGCUCUGGAUCGCCUGUGCGCCGGUCGCCGAGUCCGAAGGUGCUGGGAUCGUCGGCGCUGGCAGCGGAUGAUGAUGAGGUGGUUGCGACGCCUGCUCGUCGUGCGCCUACUACUGCUCCUAUUGGUGCAGGUUUGGGCGGGAGCAGCGUUUGGGGCCCUCCUCCUUCGAGUCCUAGGACUGUUGCGCCUGUGGGGAGUGGUGUGUUGGGUGUUGGCGGGAGUGGACCGUGGGGUCUCCCUACUGCUUCUGUGCCCCCUCCUUCCUCCGCAUCAUCUGCGUUUGGAAGCCCUGUUCGACCUAUAGGAGCGGGCGUGGGUGUGGGUGUUAAUAAUCCCACCACGCCUAUUGGUGCGCCUCACCAGUCCCAUUUCUUGAACCAACUUCAUGGCCAUGGCCAUGGGACUGGACCGAUGUGGGGUACCCCGUCGGGUAACACUGCACCGGAAUGGCCUCAGCACGGAUUACCUCCGCCGAUUGGAAGCAAUCCUGGUUUCUUCCCUCCUGGUGUACAGUACUUGGCGGCUCAGCAUGGUGCGGCUGCGGGUUCUGGAAACCAGUCGUCGAGUUAA